CGAUGGACCAAUAAACCACUCCGACAAUGGUCAGAAGAAUUAUGGACGAUUUGAACGCGCCGCAGGUGAAGAUCGAGCGGCCGCUUUACGACCAUCAACAGUUACGUGAAGACUACGAGUAUCAAAUCUACAAACCUAAUUAUUUGAAAAAGUUCGUAGGUUCAUGCCAAUCCUGUCAGCCAGUCGAUGCGCUGAAGAGGAGCAUCCCGGUGCUGGAAUGGUUACCCAAAUACAAAUGGAGGAGCGAUUUAACCUCCGACCUCAUUUCCGGUUUUACAAUUGCCAUCCUGCAAAUUGCGCAAGGUAUGGCUUAUGGUCUCCUUGGCAACGUAUCUCCAGUCGUCGGAAUUUACAUGGCCUUCUUUCCAAAUCUAGUGUACUUCCUUUUCGGCGAUUCCAAGCACAUUUCCAUGGGUACCUUUUCCAUUGUUUGCUUGAUGACUGGAAAGAUCGUGAUCGAGCACAGCGAUCCCAGCUACAUGGCUUCCCGCGAUCUUCCUUUGGAUUCUGUGGAUCCUAGUAACCCUGGUUACAGCCCCAUAGAAGUUGCCUGUGCCGUAACUUUCGUGGUGGCGCUGCUUCAGAUCCUGAUGUACAUCUUCCGGUUAGGAAUCGUGACUUCUUUGCUUUCGGAGACGUUGGUGAGCGCGUUCACCACGGGCUCCGCUUUCCACGUCUUCGUCGCGAUGCUGAAAGACGCGUCCGGCAUAAAAGGCCCCAAGCAGCGCGGGUAUUUCGAAAUCUAUUACGCCAUCAAGAACAUCAUCGAUAACUUCGUCAAUAUCAAUUACGCAACGGUCACAGUCACGGUCAUCGUCAUCCUCGUCUCGCUGAUCAAUGAAUUCUUUAAACCGAAGGUCGCGAAGAGAUGUUCGCUUCCGAUCCCGAUGGAGCUGAUCGCCAUAAUUUUGGGAGCGGUCGCCUCUUACACGAUGAAUCUGCACGACGUUUACGGGAUAAAAAUCGUCGGACACAUACCAGAAGGUAUUCCUAUGCCGGUAUUACCAAGGUUCUCUUUGAUCCAAGCCAUUUGGAUCGAUUGCAUCAUGAUCGCCAUAGUUUCUUACACGAUCUCCCUCUCAUUAGGCUUAAUCUACGCCCAAAAGUACAACUACGAGGUUGACGCCAAUCAAGAGCUCUUGGCUCAAGGCAUGGGCAACUUGAUUGGUUCAUUUUUCUCUUGCAUGCCCUUCACCGCGUCCCUCUCGAGGAGCUCAGUGCAGGUGGCUGUGGGCGGUAAAACCCAAUUGGUCUCCGUGGUGUCUUCGGGCAUCCUCUUGGUGGUUCUCAUGUGGAUUGGACCGUACUUUGAACCUUUACCCAAGUGCGUCCUCGCCGGAGUGAUUAUCGUGGCGCUAAAAGGAAUGCUCAUGAAGGUGACGGAUUUCUGCAAGUUCUGGUCUCUGAGUAAACUCGAUGGUUUAGUUUGGUUGGUCACGUUCUUCUCCGUCGUCUUCGUCGCCACAGACAUCGGUUUGUUAGUCGGCGUGGUCAUGUCCCUUGCCUACAUCUUUCUCUUAGGCCUCAGACCUUACACCUGUCUCUUAGGUUGGGUCCCCAACACCGAUCUCUACCUGGACACGAAACGAUACAAAGGCGUGAAAGAGCUUAGCGGAAUCAAGAUUUUCCAUUAUCAAGGCAGCAUCAACUUCGCCUCCAAGAACUUCUUCAAAGCCGAGCUCUUCAAAGUGCUCAAUCUGUAUCCUCAGACGGAACUUGCCAUCAGGAAUAAAGUGGAGAAACUCAAAUUGAAGAUGGAGAAAGUCGAGGACGAACGUACCACCAACAAAAUCAAGAGCAAACUGAAGAAGCUGACGAACAAAAGCAACGUCGACAUGAAGUGUUUGAUACUAGAUUUCAGCGCUCUCAGCUACAUAGACCCAUCUGGCGUAACGAUGCUUAAGUUGCUCUCGCAGGAAUUCGAACGUAUCGAAAUUCCUGUUUACAUUGCAGGAUGUUCCGAACCCGUCUACGAGACGAUGAGCAAAUGCGACUUGUUCAACGAUAAAUCAAUGAUCUACAAAAUCUUCCCAACAGUCCACGACGCCGUCCAAUUCGGUUCAUCCACAUUCCAAGGAAGCAGCGACACGCUCGUCUCCACGAUAAGACUUUAACAGCUACAAAAGACUUACAAUUAGCAUUAGUAAUUACCAUAAGAUA